UUACUUGGGGCAGGAGUCGGCCAGUAGCUGGCAGAACACCAGGGUCUGGUUCAUCAAUUACUACCUUCCUCUGACGCAGAGAUUGUUCUCGUAGUUCUUUUGCUACAUUGAGGAGUGUUGUGAUAGGUAUUCGGGAUGGCACCGGUUGGAGCUCAGUAUGUUCCAGCCUACCGCAUGGCCUCGGGCUCUUCAAGCCGCAGGUCGGAACAUGCCCGCUUGCAUCCACUCGCUCGUCCUGGGCGCGCCACUGCCCACAACUACAGCAGUAUGGACACGGGAGGGCCUGGGUUGACUGAUCUACUGAGCCGCCCCUCUGAGGGAGCCUUCGUAAAUAUGCCACGGGAUGGCUCUUGCCCACGGUGUGGGCUUGGUGACAUUACCCGGGUGUUUCCUCUGUGGAGUAAGUGCGUAGCCUGCUUCUGCUUCCCCCUCGGCCUGAUAGCCCUCUGCUUCAGUUACGAGGACCGUUGCUCUGCUUGUGACUACGUCUCGCCCCAAUAAGGCUGAAAUGACCGUCCAGUACGGUGCAACUGGACGGUUUUCCCCGAAAGAUGCUUGAAACAAAGGCUCUUGUUGGACCGUCGGGAUGAUAAAAAACAAAAUGGAUAAAAUUUAGUGUUUAGGGCUCUCAUUUUAAGUAAAUCUCUUGACAAAGUCUUAAAUUUUUAUUGAACUAUAACUUUUUAAAUUUUAUUGUAUGAAUUUUAAACUUCUGCUUUUUGGCUCUGUACACAAUAAAUUUUAUCUAAAC